AUGGCCGCAAUGUUCCAGGAGGCCGUAGUUUCCACAGUUUUGCACAUUCAACAUCUCUGUGCUGAUAAACCACGGGUUGGAGCGUCUCAGAUGGACCUGGACUUAAAUCUUCGGAUUCAAAGCCCGUCAAGUUCAGUUUGUCAAAUCGGUCGUCUUCGAGUUUCACUCACUACGCAGUGCGCAUCCCGUCACAGGCAGAGUGAGAACUACCAGCCCAGAGAAAGGGUAUUUAUAUCUUCUGCGCUAUUUUUGGUGAGAUCCGACAACCGAGCUGACUCCUAUGAGAAGGAUCACUACUCCGUAACGGUGUGGGCUAUCCUACCAAUGCGUUAUUACAUCGAGCACAGUUUUGGACAACUGCCUGGGAUUGAUAGUGCGCCUCUCGUGCUCUACCAGACUACCUAUGCAUAUAGUGGGACGAGCGGGAAGAGCAAGCCCCGAGAAUCCCAGCCCACUUAUGUCCGGAGCACUACCAACAGUUUACCAUGUCAGGGCGGACCUCCGGCGUUUUCGGAAUGGGAUCUCCCUAUCCAGACUAGAGUGUUCCAGGACGAGAUAUGGCCUUUUCCGGGACCGACUUUGUUCAACUUCAACGCUGGCGGCUUUAUGCACGCAUUGAUUGCCUGGCUCUUAUGA